AUGCAGACUGCUUCUACAAACAUUGGUGAAAGAAUGUGCAAUAAGUCCAUCCGUGACAUUUCCUGGCUACUAAAUAUUCCACGCUCAACUGUUAGUGGGAUUAUAACAAAGUGGAAGCAACUGGGAACAACAGCGACUCAGCCACCAAGUUUGGUAGGCCACGUCACAUGACAGGGCGGGGUCAGCGCAUGCUGAAGCGCACAGUGCGCAGAAGUCGCCAACUGUCUGCAGAGUCAAUAGCUAAAGACCUCCAAACUUGGUGUGGCCUUCAGAGGAGCCCAGCAACAGUGCGUAGAGAGCUUCAUGGAAUGGGUUUCCAUGGCCGAGCAGCUGCAUCCAAGCCUUCCGUCACCAAGUGCAAUGCAAAGCGUUGGAUGCCGUGGUGUAAAGCACGCCGCCACUGGACUCUA